AAAUUUUAACUUGAGACAAAGUAGUUUUCGUGCCCUCAAUCCGACAACAACUGCAUAUAUUUGGUUAAAUGAGGUUCUUAUCAACGGCUUUUUUCUUAUUCGGCUUGAUAGCUACCAGCAAUGGCCAUCGUUCGAAACACUCCAGAUCAUUUGGAAUUAAUUUGAACAGCCGUCCAAAGCAGGGAUAUGCUACACGGGUGUACCUGCCAGGCGGACCAAAUGUACCUUCAUAUGGAUCUGCAUAUUCACUCUUGCCAAGUCCUUCGAAAACGCUGGAUCAACUCCCUGUGAAAACCAGUGACUACUCCGAUAUAAUAAGUAAUCCUGCGGAGGAGAGCGGCCUACUAGUAAACCAACCAAAUCUGCCGACAGCAUAUAGCGAACCGUCUCCAUGGAAUUUUGAUUAUCCUCGCAGACAAGGAGGUAAUUUGUAUGGUGGACCAUGGUAUUGGCGAGGUUAUCCUUAUUCAUGGAAUAGAGGCGGAAGUGGAAGUUCCAAAUACCCAUCCGGUGGAAGUGGACGUUCUCCAUGCGAUAAACAUCGUUCUUCUAGAGAUGCUGAAAAAACACAUUGGGGCAAACAUCACAAAUCUAAGAGUGAUAAACGAACACCAUGUGAUAAAUAUCACUCGUCUAAGAAAAGAAAACCAUCGCCAUGUGACAAGCAAACUCGACCACCAAAACAUGACAGACAUCCACCUUGCCAUAAAUGUAAGCCAACCAAGCGUCCUUGCCCUGGUAAACCAGUGCCACAAACAACCACUGUUGCUGCAGAAACAACCACGCAACAAUCUACACCACCUCAAGAAAGCACUGAAGUGCCCGUAGUAUCCACGAAAGCUUCAGUAGAGUCAACAACUCAACCUAAAGUCGAAACUAGCACACCAGAAAUAAGCACACCUCUACCAGAAGAGCCGAAGACAAGCACUGAAGUGCCAGCAACAACUACAGAAGGUCCGGCAGAGUCGACUGCUCAACCUGAGGUCGAAACUAGUACACCAGAACAACCCAACACAAGCACUGAAGUUAUAGUAGAAACAACAGAAGCUUCGGUAGAGUCGAGUACUCAACCUGAGGUCGAAACUAGCACACCACUACCAGAACAGCCUAACACAAGCACUGAAGUGCCAGUAGAAACAACAGAAGCUUCGGUAGAGUCUACUACUCAACCUGAGAUCGAAACUAGUACACUAGAAGUAAGCACACCACUACCAGAACAGCCUAACACAAGCACUGAAGUGCCAGCAGAAACAACAGAAGCUUCGGUAGAGUCGACUACUCAACCUGAGAUCGAAACUAGUACACUAGAAGUAAGCACACCAGUACCAGAACAGCCUAACACAAGCACUGAAGUGCCAGUAGAAACAACAGAAGCUUCGGUAGAGUCUACUACUCAACCUGAGAUCGAAACUAGUACUCUAAAAGUAAGCACACCAGUACCAGAACAGCCCAACACAAGCACUGAAGUUAUAGUAGAAACAACAGAAGCUUCGGUGGACUCGACUGCUCUACCUGAGGUCGAAACUAGCACACCAUUACCAGAACAGCCCAACACAAGCACUGAAGUCUCAGCAGAAACAACAGAAGCUUCGGUAGAGUCGACUUCUCAACCUGAGGUCGAAACUAGUACACCAGAACAACCCAACACAAGCACUGAAGUUAUAGUAGAAACAACAGAAGCUUCGGUAGAGUCGAGUACUCAACCUGAGGUCGAAACUAGUACACCAGAACAGCCCAACACAACAACAGAAGUCCCAGCAGAAACAACAGAAGCUUCGGUAGAGUCGACUACUCAGUCUGAGAUCGAAACUAGUACACCAGAAAUAAGCACAUCACUACCAGAAGAUCCUAAAGCAAGCACUGAAGUAUCAGCGGAAGAAGCAGAAUUACAGGAAGAGAGCACGACUCUGUCUGUAGUGAACACUACCAAAACUGACUUACCCGAAGCAGUAGAAUUUAGUGCGAGUACUCCUGAAUCUGGGAGUCUAAUCUUAAGCACUACACAGCCUGAGGAUAAUACUACGGCGCAAGUUACAGAUUCGGUAGAGCUAACUACCCCUCUAUCCGCAAACAUUUCAACUAACGCAACAGUCAUUCCUCCACAACAUGAUGAGUUCGAAGUAACUACUGUAGCAACCGAGAAAUCAAGUGAUAACUCCACUCAGCCCGAAUCUGAAGUAACCACUGUAGCAACUGAGGAACCAAGUGACAGCUCCACUCAGCCCGAACCUGAAGUAACUUCUUUAGCAACUGAACAACCAAGUGAAAGCUCCACUCAGGUUGAACCUGAAGUAACUACUUUAGCAACUGAGCAACCAAGUGAGAGCUCCACUCAGCCUGAACCUGAAGUAACCACUGUAGCAACUGAGGAACCAAGUGAGAGCUCCACUCAGCCCGAGCCUGAAGUAACUACUUUAGCAACUGAGCAACCAAGUGAGAGCUCCACCCAGCCCGAAUCUGAAGUAACUACUGUAGCAACUGAGCAACCAAGUGAAAGCUCCACUCAGGCUGAACCUGAAGUAACUACUUUAGCAACUGAGGAACCAAGUGAAAGCUCCACUCAGGCUGAACCUGAAGUAACCACUGUAGCAACUGAGGAACCAAGUGAGAGCUCCACUCAGCCAGAACCUGAAGUAACCACUGUAGCAACUGAGGAACCAAGUGAGAGCUCCACUCAGCCCGAGCCUGAAGUAACUACUUUAGCAACUGAGCAACCAAGUGAGAGCUCCACUCAGCCUGAACCUGAAGUAACCACUGUAGCAACUGAGCAACCAAGUGAGAGCUCUACUCAGCCUGAACCUGAAGUAACCUCUGUAGCAACUGAGCAACCAAGUGAGAGCUCUACUCAGCCCGAGCCUGAAGUAACUACUUUAGCAACUGAGCUACCAAGUGAAAGCUCCACUCAGCCUGAACCUGAAGUAACCACUGUAGCAACUGAGCAACCAAGUGAGAGCUCCACUCAGCCUGAAUCUGAAGUAACCACUGUAGCAACUGAGCAACCAAGUGAGAGCUCUACUCAGCCUGAACCUGAAGUAACCACUGUAGCAACUGAGCAACCAAGCACUCCACAACCUGAAGAAGCAGUUAUAAGCACGACCGUGCGGGAUUUAAGUACAGAAACUAGUUCCGAAGCAGUACCCACUACAGUUAAACCUUGUGAUCCAAAACCAGGGUGCAAAUGCGGUUGUUGUCAACGAGUGAAGACUCUUGCUUUGUUGAUAUAUUCGUCGGCAGAGAGCGGUAAUGCUAUUGGCAGUAAGCAACCGAAUUGUUCACAAGGCUGCGCCGAUAAAGCGCCUCUUGAUUUAUUCUCUCAACUUAUUGCCAAGCUCAGAUAAAAUCAGUGUUUGUAAUAGGAUGCAACUUUUAUGAAAUUUUGAAAAGUAAAAGUAAAUAUAAUAUAUAUAUGCAUGUAAAUUAUUA